AGGAAGUGGCAGAAGUGUGGCUGGAUUGAGGGUUGUGCAUCGCUCAAUAGUUAAAUGAGAUUGUGAAAGCAACACAGCCAUACAUGACAGAUGUCUCGCUGGAGACAGAAAAGUCAUGUUUGUCUGCAGCAGCAGCGCUAGUUUCUACUGCCAUAGAAGCAGCCACCACCGCUCUAACACAGUGUGGCUGGGCACAUGCUACGCUGUCUAAUUUAGAGGAGAAAUAGGCUAUAGGUUUCAUCUUAUCGCCAUGCUGCUGUGUCAAAACAGAAGUCAUAAAUUUCCCUUUGCAGUCUACCAUUUGCACAAAUGUUUUGCUGUAGUCAGGUAAUGCUAAAGCGAGAGUUUGUUUUAAAGUACAGAACGCAUUUUCUGCCUCUUCUGUCCAUUUCAAUGCAGUAGUCAUUUUAAUGUUUUCAUCAUACAUUAAUUUCUGGAGUGGAGCAGUUAUUUCAGCAUAAUUAGGUACCCAACACCUGCAGUAGUUCAAAAGCAACAUUAUUUAUUAUUUUUGUGUGUGGUUUUGAAGCCUUUAAGAUUGCUGUCUUUCUGUCUUCAAUUAUUGUUCUUCCUCCUGAGCUAAGAUUAUGACCUAAAUAUUUUAUUUGUGUUUUGCACAGUUGCAACUUAUUUUUACUUGCUUUGUGGCCUUGCUCAGCUAAAUGUGUCAACAGUGCUAUGGAGUCUUUUUUACAGAUGUCUUCGUCUGGAGAAGCUAAAAGUAUGUCAUCUACAUACAACAAAACUUGACUGUUUCCUGGGGGUUGGAACUUAGCCAUGCUAGCACUCAUCACUUGUGGAGGAUCGCACUCUGAGGUCAACAUUUUGUUUCCGUGACGACGAGGCUGCGGGCCACAGUGGACCCCUCUGGGACCAGGUACAGUUUGGACUCCUCGCCACUGUGACACGCUGCUGUUACCGUCCUCUGAUUGGUCGCCUGUCACCUGCCCGUCAGCAUGCAGCUGACUUAUCAGAAGCUGCCAGCUCAGCUGAGGCGGAGCUCCAGACUCAGGAAGCUGACGGCUGUGCUGCUCGCCACCUACGCCAUCAAAAAACUGUCACCGUACGUCUGGAGGAGGAUACAGAGGAGUGCAGCAGGUAAACAGCUGGGUGGAGCUAAUCUACCUGUGGGCGUGGUCAGCACGUCCUCCAGCUCUGAGGACAACAGCGGAGGGAAGAAGAACAGUGACAGCAGGUUUCCCUCAGUGAACAGGGACUUUGUCAUCAGACUGUCUCGGCUGUUGAAGCUCUUGUUUCCACGGUUACUGUGUCCAGAGAUUGGCCUGCUGGCUCUGCACUCGCUGACUCUGAUGUCCAGAACCUUCCUGUCCAUCUACGUGGCUGCUCUGGACGGUGUGAUAGUGAAGUGCAUCGUUCAGAAGGAUCCUCAGGCCUUCGUGCUGCAGCUCUCUAAGUGGCUCCUCGUCGCCGUUCCUGCAACUUUCAUCAACAGCGCCAUCAGAUUCCUGGAGGGUCAGCUGGCCCUCAGGUUUAGGAGCCGAUUGGUCGACCACGCCUACCAGCUGUACUUCACCAACCAGACUUACUACCGUGUCAGUAACAUGGACGGUCGUCUGUCCAAUCCCGAUCAGUCUCUCACUGAGGACAUCGUCAUGUUUUCGGCCUCCAUCGCCCAUCUGUACUCCAACCUGACCAAACCCAUCCUGGACGUGGUCGUCACCUGCUACACUCUGCUGCGCACCGCGCAGUCCAAAGGAGCAAACACCACGUGGCCGUCCGUCAUCGCCGGCCUGGUGGUGGUGCUCACCGCCAAAGUCCUGCGCUCCUGCUCGCCUCGAUUCGGGAAGCUGGUGGCCGAAGAAGCGAGGAGGAAAGGAGACCUGAGAUACAUGCACUCUCGCAUCAUCGCCAACUCCGAGGAGAUCGCUUUCUACGGAGGACACAAGGUGGAGAUGGCCCAGCUGCAGAGGAGCUACAUGUCCCUGUCCUCUCAGAUCCAUCAGAUCCUGCUGAAGCGUCUGUGGUACAUCAUGCUGGAACAGUUCCUCAUGAAGUACGUAUGGAGCGCCUCCGGCCUGGUGAUGGUCGCCGUGCCCAUCAUCACCGCCACUGGAUACUCCAAAUACGACUCUGAGGAGGUGAAGCAGGCAGCCAUGGUGAUGAAGGAGGAGGAGCUGGUGAGUGAGAGGACGCAGGCCUUCACCACGGCCAGAAACCUCCUCAACGCUGCCGCCGACGCUGUGGAGAGGAUCAUGAGCUCAUACAAGGAGGUGACAGAGUUGGCAGGUUACACAGCUCGAGUCUCUGAGAUGUUGGAUGUGUUUGAAGAUGUGAAUGAGGGAAUCUACCGUCGCUCUGCGGACAGAGAGGAGGCGUUACCAGGAGGAGGAGCAGGAGCCGUGGUUCAGCAUGGCCAGAGAGUCUGCGGCCGUCUGGAGAUCCGAGGUCAUGUGAUCAGUGUGGAGAAAGGGAUUCGCUGUGAGAACCUGCCAAUCAUCACACCGACCGGAGACGUGGUGGUUUCCAGCCUCAACAUCCAGGUUGAUGAGGGGAUGAAUGUGUUGAUCACAGGUCCAAACGGCUGCGGGAAGAGUUCUCUGUUCAGGAUCCUCAGUGGACUGUGGCCUGUUUAUGGAGGAGUACUGUACCGUCCAGAACCACAGCACAUGUUCUACAUCCCUCAGAGGCCAUACAUGUCAGAGGGGACCCUCAGAGACCAGGUGAUCUACCCGGACUCGGUGGAGGAGAUGGUUCAGAGAGGAGUCAGAGAUUCAGAUCUGGAGGAAAUCCUUCGGACGGUCCACCUGCUCUACAUCCUGGACAGAGAGGGAGGUUGGGAGUCGGUCAGUGACUGGAAAGACGUUCUGUCUGGAGGAGAGAAACAGAGGAUGGGGAUGGCUCGCAUGUUCUACCAUCGACCUCGCUACGCUCUGUUGGAUGAGUGUACAAGCGCCGUCAGCAUCGACGUGGAGGGAAACAUCUUCCAGGCUGCAAAGGAUGCUGGGAUAGCCCUGCUGUCAAUCACACACAGACCCUCCCUGUGGAAGUACCACUCUCACCUGCUUCAGUUUGACGGAGAAGGAGGAUGGAGGUUUGAACCUCUGGACGCCUCCACUCGUCUCUCUCUGCAGGAGGAGAAGCAGCGCCUGGAGAGUCAGCUGUCGGGGAUUCCCAAGAUGCAACAGAGACUGGCCGAGCUGUGUGUCCUGCUGGGGGAGGGAGGGGGGGAGACGGAGGGAUGAAGAGCGGCCCGCAGAUGAAGAAGAUGGAAGAAAUCUGCUGGUUACCAUGGAGACACACGCGCAGCAGGGUGAUCAUGUGACUGAAACUGAUUUUAAACUGAAGAUGCGUUCAGACUGAUCUGGAGUCACGAAGCUGGUUCUUAACCGGACCAGUUCGGGACCAGUUAUUGAUUAGUUAGUAAAUAUAAACCGAAUCAACACAGAGCUGCAAUAAGAAGCUGCACAAACACCAGACAUAAUUCACAAAUAUUAAAGUGGUAAUGACUAAUA